GGAAAGAUAACAAACCAAGUUGAAUACAGAAUUCUUCAAGGCCUUUCUUCAUACUCCAACUCCAAAGGAAAAAUGGCUCACCAUGCUCACUCAAACAGCUUUCCUUCUAGAUUACACUCUGAAACUUUUGAGGAUUUACACGAUGGUAUUGAGAGGUUGCUCCUAAUGCCCCUCAACCAACAAGCUUUAACGCGUGAGCAGCAAAGGAAAUAUGUUUAUGAGAUGCUGAAUGGAUCUAUUAGGCUCUUUGAUGUCUGCACUGCUGCCAAGGAAGCCUUGUUGCAAGCAAGGAAUGCACUCAAGAACUUCAAUCAGUUCUGCGAAGAAGGCGAGGAGCUGAAAUCACACAAGAGUGGAGCAAUAAUUGACGUCCUCCAAGAAGCACAAGUGGUCACUCUCAGUGCGAUGGAAUCCUUGUUGCUCUUUGUAUCUGGACCAGAGACACAAUCAAAAAUGGGCCGUUGGUCAGUGGUUUUAAAGAUACUGCACAACAAAAGAAUAAGGUGCGAAGAAGGAGAAGGACAUGAAAAUGAGAUUGGCAAUGCUGGAGCUACAUUACUGUACAUCAUUAGUGGCAAGACUAACAUUCAAAUUGAGAAUGCACAAAAUGAACUGCAAAUAGCAGAAUCAUGCAUUCAAGAUCUUGAAGAAGGGCUUGAAUCCAUCAACAGGAGGGAAUCACCAAUCAGCCAUAUACUGAAUGGCCUUCAAGAUUUGCAUGAUUGCGUUGAUAAUUUUCUUCAGCUGCCCCACCCCCAAGAAACUUUAGCCCAACAGAAAAACAGGAAAUGGGUUGACGAGUUGUUGGAUGGAUCUCUUCAGCUCUUAGACCUCUGCAGCUCUGCUAAGGAUUUUGUGCUGCAAGCAAAAGAAAGCUCAAGUGCAUUUCAAUCAGUUUUGUGUAGAACACAGGGUGGUGAAGCAGAUAUUGCAGCUGAGGUAAAGAAAUGCUUGGCCUCCAGGAAAGCUGUGAAAAAGGCCAUAAACAAAGCCUUGGCUAAAUUGAAGACCAUGCGAGCUGAGUGCACCUUCUCUCCUUCAGAUGACAACAAGACCAAGGCUAUAGUUGGAAUGUUAAAACAAGUUGAAUUAGUCACCCUUUCUGUAUUUGAAUCAUUCUUGUCCCUGAUCUGUGGAACAAAGGAUCUGUCCAAGGCCAAGAGCCGUUCCUUGAUUUCCAAGCUGAUGAAUCCCAAAAGAAUUGCAUGUGAGGAAGAAAAGAUGAACAGUUCUGAAUUCGAAAAGGUGGAUUCUGCUCUCAAGAUGAGCAAAUCUGAAAAUGUAUCAAAUAUGGAGAUGCAAAGCCAACUACGGGACUUGGAGUCAUGCAUUAAAGAUCUCGAAGAAGGGCUCUACUGCCUAUCUAGGCAUUUGAUCAAAUCAAGGGUUUCUCUUCUUAACACCCUCAACCAUUAGAUGAAAAAUUGAUCAGAGUUUUGUUUACUUUGUGUAUGAUUGAAAUAUACAUGUAUUUCAACA